AUGUGUAGUCAACGAUUAGUACCUAAACGUCAGUUAGGAUCUUAUGGAACACCUUCUUCUGAUGAAGAACGUUUCAAAAUUCUUGAACGAGCUAUUGAACUUGAAUGUACUCAUUUCGAUACUGCUGAUAUUUAUGGUGACAGUGAAGAUUUAUUGGGAAAAUAUUUUAAAAAAUAUCCUCAACAACGUCAAAAGGUAUUUCUCGCAACAAAAUUUGCAUUGGUUAUAAAUCCAGAUAAAUCAUUCUACGCUCGAAAUGAUGCUGAAUAUGUUCGUCAAGCUAUUGAAAAAAGUUUAAAUCGUCUUCAACUUGAUUAUGUUGAUCUUUAUUAUGUUCAUUCAAUUGAUUCAAAAGUUCCAAUUGAAGAAGCAAUGACUGCUUUAAAAGAACUUGUUCAACAAGGUAAAAUCAAAUAUAUUGGUUUAUCAGAAUGUUCAAGUGAUACAAUUCGACGUGCAUCAAAAAUUCAUCCAAUAUCUGCUGUACAAAUUGAAUAUUCACCAUUUAGUUUAGAUAUUGAAAAGCCAGAAAUUGGUAUUUUAAAAACUUGUCAAGAACUUGGAAUAACAAUUGUUUGUUAUUCACCAUUAGGUCGUGGAAUAUUAACUGGACAAAUCAAAAGUCCUGAUGAUUUUAAAGCAAAUGAUAUACGUCGAAUAUUACCAAGAUUUUCAAAAGAAAAUCUUCCAAAAAAUCUUCUGGUAGUAGAACUAUUGAAUAAAAUUGCAAAGAAAAAGAAUUGUACAACAAGUCAAUUAAUAUUAGCAUGGAUACUUGCACAAGGUGAAGAAUUUAUUGUUAUACCAGGUACAACAAAAAUCAAAAAUUUAGAAGAAAAUGCAGAUGCAGCAAAUGUGAAAUUAACAAAAGAAGAAAUAAGAGAAAUUCGAGAAACUUGUGAAAAUGCAGAUAUAUGUGGAGGUCGUAUUCCAGAAAAAUUUGCUCAUAUGUCAUUUAAAAAUUCAGCACCUUUAAAAAAUUAA